AUUCAACUCCAUCUACAUCCUUUCUCACAUCUCGACCGUCAUCAUUCUCAAACUCAUGGGUGUCUUCAAAUGUGCUCAGUCUUCAACUAUACUAUGGGUGUGGGGCAAUCUUUAUCCUGGCUGUCCACUAACCCGGUCAGGGCAGACAUGUCCGUGUACGCCUCUGAAGAAUGAGAUCAAAUAGUAUGGCUACCAGUGGAUUUGGGACAGCAGCCUUUGCUGUUGUUGCGGGCUUGUUUCACCACUCCCAAGCCUCCCCGUAUCUCACAGCGGGAAACCCUUUUCUUCCCUGCAAAGUUUGCCUGGGUAGCCGGAAGUUGUGUAUAGGCCCUGCCAUCUGCUUUCCUUCCCCUUCCCUUCAUGAUGCGAGAGCGUGCAUUCAAUUUGAGCAGUCCGGACCAAAUCCAAAUAAGCGUUGUGGAAGGCAUCAGCAUCAGGGAUGAAAUUGUUCUAUCCUUGAAAUAGGCGCUGUCAAAAACAUCACCAACUCACCGGAGAAUUGACGUGAUGCUCGCGACAUCAGCCAGCUAUGAGUACUCUACUCCACAGUGAGCUACGACAGGGUAGACAUUGCAGUUGUUACCAACCCUGGUAGCCAAUCUGCCAUUCUGAGUGAGGGAAACGAACAUGCCGUGGAUGAAAGCCGACAACCUGAAGGCGGACAUCCACCGACAAUUUUCGGCGUCCAAGGAGGGCUGCUGUAACUCAAAGUCAGCUUCACCUUCGUGAGGUUCUUGAGCGUGUCCGACAGCCUUCUCACCAUGGGGAGCCUUUCGAUCGUCUCUGAUUGUAUACAAAUUUAGUCAUAGAUUCGCCCACCUUCUGCACGCCGUCCAGCCUUACCCCUGCCAUUUGCAUUCCGUGUUUGACCUGUGCGCACGCAUCGACAACGAAAUCAUACGCCCACUGCUGGGAACGCGAGCUCUCCCAACGUCCCUCCACCGUCGAGAAGCGGUUGACUUCUCCAACCCGUGGGGAGAUGGAGUCGAUGCCCAGUUGCAAGCCACCGCACCGCUCAGCAAAAGCAAUCAUGCCUGCUCCUGAACGCCCGCAUUCUCUGGCUACUUGUGGCUGCAUGUGGCUGCAGAUUGCUAGCGGGAUGGAACUCUGCGGCAGAAGUUGGAACUUCCUUUUGCUGAUUGCGCUUAUUCUUGUGCUUCGUCCUCAUAGCCAUCACAACUCCAACAAAAGCUCGCUGUGUCUUUAGCAAAGUUUCACAGAACGUACAGACGCUCGAUCAUUACCGCCACCCAUCAGGGUCAUCACUUCGGUGUUCGACCUGAGGUGCAUUCACUCGUGAGGGUGCAUGGCAGAACUUUAUUUUGAGUUUCGAUGGAGACCCCAUGGAGCCGGAGCCUUCUUCGAGACUAAUGCCAGGGGCGCUGGGAAGGAUCAAAAACGGCCAAAAAGCCGGCGCGUGCAUGUACGGGGAUCAUGGUUGCUCGAUGAUGAACGACUUCUGGUUUUCUUCCGGAUUCGCCAGACUAAUUAAUCCUCAGGGGCCAAUCAGCUGCACACGAACGCCAUUUUCCACAGCCGACCACUUCAGGGGUCAGGCUGAAGUAGCCUUUCAGGACUCGCCCACUACGCGCUACGAGGAUAUCGUGCCUUUCUCGCGUGCCCUUGGUCGGUCUCGCUGCCGCCUUCACACCACAGGUGGUCUCGAAUACGCCUCCGGGUCAACAAGACCCCUCGCUCAACGCAGACUAUCGAGCAAGAGUGAAGCCUGACAAGGUCCGACAUUGGUUGAAGGUUCCGGUAAAGUAAGACCUUUCGUCCCGCCGCUCCGGGAAACAAGUUAUGACUCCCCCGCCAUGGAGCUCCGUCGCCAUGGAAUUGUUGAAAGUGUGGGAGCCUGAGAGUCUUAUACCGCGGGCAACCCUCGCACCGCCGAGGCCAGAUCCAAGGUGCAGUUGUUUGUCCAUCAUCGUCUGUGUGAAUAGUAGGUGUGGCUUUUGUCGUUAGCAAUCAUUUUUCUGGUUAUCAAAUCCAUUCUUCGAUAUCGAAGCGAUUACCAUCUAUCAGCUUCACCGUCCAACACAACAGUCAGCCGUUCCAACCCACAUUCCCUUGUUUCGCGGCCAUGAGCUUUCCCACUCCUGGCGAGGCACAGUUUCUGCCUCACGACUCCUAUGUGGGCGAGCUAUAUCGGUUGAACAUUGCAUUUAUUGCUGUCACGUCCACCAUUAUUGGGAUUCGAUUGAUAGUGCGAAUCUUCGUCGUUAAGCAUGUUGCUGCUGACGAUUUUCUCAUGCUUGCGGCGGGACUGUUUGCAACCGCAUUCUCUGCGAUGGCCAUUGUUGGUAUACGAUAUGGUCUGGGAAAGCACACAUGGGACCUUCCACAAGAUGUACAAACAAUCGAGAGAACGAAGAAGGUGAUCCAGACACUAUGGAUAUGUCAGGUCAUGUACGUGACCGCGCUUAUGCUGGUCAAAAUAUCAAUUGUCGUCUCCUACCUUCGAGUGUUCCCCACCACAGCCUUUCGGCGUACGAUGUACGCACUCAGCGUUGGCAUCAUCUGUGUCUGGAUCUGCAGCAUCCUCGUCACUAUCUUUCAAUGCCAUCCGGUACAAGGGGCCUGGGACUUUACACUAGCCAGGGACUGCCUUCCCAUCGUCAAAUUCUACUAUUUCACCACCGCCUUCUCAAUCUUCACGGACUUCUUGCUCUGCACGCUGCCGUUGCCAGUGUUUUGGCGGCUCAGGCUUCCGCGGCGGCAGAAGUACAUUGUGUCUAUGUUGUUUGCAGUAGGGCUGUUCGCAACCGUAGCCUCCGGUCUACGGAUCAGUGUUCUCAAGAGCGUCGAUAGCCUCGACGUAACGAUGGGCUCGGUCUCAACCAUAAAAUGGUCGGUGGUCGAGGUCGGCACCGGCAUUGUCUGUGCUUGCAUACCAUGUCUGAAACCGCUGUUCAAGAACUUUCUGCUGGACAAGACCACCACCGCCACCAGCUCAGCUAGCCGUUCAACCCAGAAAGGUCCAUAUACACCUCAACUUCCGACCGCCACUGAAGAGAGUCAUGAACUGACCAAGUCUUCUUCCGGUGGCUGGACUCCGGACUCAAACUCGUGGAGUCGGCCCGAACCCUCGAGAACCAAAACCAACUCGAUGGUGACCACCAGGAACUUUAUCUGAAAAUGGACUCCAGCAUCCAGGAGAAAGUGAAGAAUGCAAAUGAGUCCAGCAUGAAUCAGACUUUUAUGGUUGGAUUCAUUGUGCACACGGGGAACGCCAUACAUCCUUUUUUACCUCUAAGACUUUUCCCAGCCGCGCAAGCGCCCCCGGUAAUGGCGACGAUUCAAGGGUACCGUUGUGGCUGGCCCACAGCAGCACAUCACGUCGUCACCACUGCCUCUCCUCAAUUUUCUUAGGACAAAAGCCGACUUGUUUCUCCUAUUGCUAGCAACUGUCUUUCGGCCGGUGCUGCAGCCGCAGCCGCAGACAGCACUUAUGUCCAGCCUGUACGCUGUCAGCACCAACCUAUGAUACGCUUUUCUUUCUCUAUGGAAUGGCAUUUCUCAUCAAGAUCUCAUCUACAGUCACUACCUCACCGAUGUCUGGAUUGCUACGAACGGUAUCAUGACCUUCUUUGGCUCCAUGAAAGACGACUGUUCGUGCCGACGUCCAGCCGAGUUCCUCAUGACGAAUAAAGGCCCGGCCUACCACGCAGACACCGAACGAUCCAAUCCAACCAACCCUUCUUCUCGGCUUGAAAAGAUUUCCAGAUCUCUCCGUCCCGUGUGAUCCGACAUUUCCUGUCUGACUGCUUAUACCUACCGGCGUCCCGACUCAUGGCAGCCAUAACCACCAUGAAGCAAUCGGAGGAACCUACCAUUUAUCCCUGGGUAGUCGCAAUAGUGCGGUCUGUGUGGGAUAUUUAAUGGCUGUGGUCAAAGCAACUGAGAACAGUCCUGAUGUCUCUAUCCACAAGCCAAGCAACUCUUAGCUAGUAUCAUGGCACGGUCCGAUCAGGGAGGGAGGCGGAGGGUAUUCUUUUUUGUGCGUGGAAACUCGGUGAUUCAUUCAUGGCUCUUCCUCAAUCCUGAUAGGGAUAGUAAUAUAGCACAACGGAGAACCUUGCACAGCCGUUAUGUAUGGAGGCACCCUCGUCUUGUGUAUGAUCUGUGUGAUGACGAAUAAAGACUGCCUGUCUAUCUAUUGGAAUCCUCUGGCCCCUGGUGACUUUUCGAAUCAUGAUUGGAUAUUGUA